GGACGAAUCAGGUGACUCGGUUAAAAAAAAAAAAUCCAAGUAAUAUCGUCUGCAUGUAGUAUGGUAAAAUCUUUAUGAUUCGUUUACAAUUAAAUUAUCGUUUUAAACUAUACUCGCAAACAAAUCCAUUUAAUAUUUUUAUUUUAAAUUAUUUUUCGUGCCACAGUUUUUUUUAAACAAGAACCCGCCAAAACCAAAGUAAACAACAUCGUGAUAUUUAAUUAAUAUAAUUUGAAUUUGAAAUAAUGUUUCGUAUUAAUAAAAAUAUUUGUGCAUUUUCACCGUCGGGUAAAUAUUUCGCGAGUGUUUUACAGAACGAAUUGUCAAUAAAAUACACAUCAACAUUAGAAAAUUAUAAAUUAUUUAAUUUUUCAGAUCAAAUUGAGUCUAUUGAAUGGUGUCCGAAUGAUCAGUAUAUUCUCUGUGUGAAUUUAAAAAAAGGAAUUAUCAGAAUAUUUACUACGAAACGUAAAGAAUUUAAUUUCAAGUUUAAAGAAGGGAGCGGAGGUAUUGAAAAAGUUAUCUGGGCACCAGAUUGUAAAUCAAUAAUUAUUAUAUCUGAUUUAAAUAUUUACCUGUCAAUAAUAACACUAGAUGAACAAACGAUAACUCAUAUAUGGAAUAUUAAAUCAUCAGGAAAAUAUUUAGCAAUAAAUCAUCUAAGAAAACAUCUAGCAGUUAUAACAACAUCAGAUUCAACAGACAAAAUUGAAAUAUACAAAUCAAAAGACUGGAAAUUAACACGAAAAUUAAUUUGUGAUAAGUUAUUUAGUAUUGAUGGAAUAUCAUGGUCACCAAAUGGUGAACUAUUGGGUAUAUGGUGCUCUGCAAUUGAAAAAUCACGUAUCCUAAUAUAUUCAAUGACAACAGAUACACACAUAGGAGCAUUUAGUGCUAAUGAAUAUCCAUCGAUAAAUUAUAAUAAUUUUUUCGGAUCAGAGUGUGGAGAUUUUACAAUUGACAAACCAUUAAGAGGAAUUGAAAAAGUUGUUUGGAGUCCCACUGGACAAUUAUUAGCCAUAGCGGGUUACAAUGAAACGGUUGUGCUGAUCAAUCAUGUGACAUGGUCAAUAAUUCUUCAAUUACACUGUAAGCCUGUAAUACACGAAAGUAAUAAUUAUCUUGGUAAAGUUUACAGAGAAAUUGAUAUAACACGCAGAGAUUGGUCUAAUUAUAUGUCAAAUAAUGUAAUGCCUGAUCACCAUAUUAAAUAUACAUUGGAGGAAAUAUUAGACAGACCAAUUGGGAUUCCAAUAGAUAUUGAACCAAAAAAUUUUGAUAUAUCAAUCGCCACAAUAGAUAUAUUGUCAUUUAGUCCUUGUGGUAAAUAUUUAGCAAUCAGACAUCAGGUUUAUCCAUCAACAUUAUGGAUUUGGGAUUUAAUGGACGAUUGUGUUGAUAAUAUUAUACUCAAAAAUUCAAUAUCAGGAAUAGCAUGGGAGCCGAAAAAAACACAUUUGUUGAUAUUCUCCGAAUCACCGAUAAUUGUUGAAUGGCAUCCAACAAAAAAAGUUGAACUAUUUGAAUCACCACGUGGUAUGAAAGUUAUUAAUGGCAAAUGGAGUCCAAACGGUGAAUCAGUAGCUCUCAUAGGAUUCAAUAAAACUUCAGUUAUUAAAUUAUAAAUAAAUAUUAUUAUUUUUAAAUAUCUAUAUUUUUUAUUUACAUAUUUAAAAAUUAUCAUCUUGCACACAAAGGCAAAUAAUUUUAUGUUUUACUAUUCUUAUUUGUACAUUUUUUUUUUUCAUCCGUAAUUUUAUUUAUUGACCAAGUAACAAAAAUUGUUAAUAAUUGUCACUGUUAGUAAAACAGUUCCAAGUUGUUGUAAAAAAAAGAAAAAAGUAAACAUAAAUAAAUUUUUUAAACAAAAUUAACAACGAAAUAUAAAUAUUUAAAUCUUUUGCUACGUAUAAACUUGGUCUUGAACAUCCUCUUCAUCCUCUUCUUCUUGUUCUUCAUCAUCAU